AUGGAUCACCGCUAUUCCUCCUCGCGAUACGCACCCGUCCGCCCGCGGUCACCCACCUUCAACCCCGCAAGGGCUUCACUUCCCACGAGCGUCGGCUACAGCUCCAUGUACGGAGGCGACAUUCAUGUCAUGCCCACGUCGUCGACCAGAUACGCCUCGUCCGGCUCGCGAGGCCACCAUCACUCGGGCGCCCCGGCGACCACCACGACGACCUACGCCGUUACCAAGGACCCUCUGGCUCGCGGCACGGGCUUGAGGGACGCGAGCCGCAACCGCAGCCACCGCUCUUCGACCCUCGACUCUACCGCCGCUCGCCCAGUUAUCGUCACGACGACCCAGGCCCGGCCGCAAGCGAGCUCGUCAUCGCACCACUCUUCGAGCAACAGACACUCCAGCCCGAUUCGCGACGAAUACCGCUCCAGCGACGCUACCUUCUACACGCAGCCCGCCUCUUCUAUACGCUCCCGCAGCCACCACCGAGGGGGCUCCUACAGCGCAACAAUGGACAAUGAAGAGUUCACGCGGCUGCGCGAGCGAACCCUCGACCCUACGCUGGCCAGGCACGACACAUACCGCCCCUCGAGGUCGUCCGCCGUCUACGCCAACAGCACGCGGCAUGCCAACGCCCCCAUCGACAUCGGCGGCGACGGCUACGAAUACACUACACCAAGCGACCUUGCACGCUACGACUUGGACCACACACGGCCCCCCUCCAGAUCUCGCCGGAGGGAGAGUGUCGACCGGGGCUACUACCGCCCAAGUGUCAACCUGACCACCACCGAGAGUGCCAGCCGCCCUUUCGCCGAUGCCGGCAGAUACGAGAAGCGCGGCGGCGGCCCUCCGCCCACCACCCGGGGCUUGGACAAGAUCAAUCGUUCAGCUACCAACGUCUACGAUCCAUCCCAACCCUCCAUUCCUCCCCCGGCUCCUUCAGCGCCGGUCCAUCUGCCGGUGCCUCCGAGUCCGAAAGAUAGACGCUCCACUGGCGCCCCAUCCUCCAUGGAAGUGGCUGCGACGUCAGUGGCCGCCGCCGCCGGAACUGUCGCGGGCGCCGCCGCCUCUCGCCGCCCUGUGUCGGUGUAUCAAGAAGGGCCCCCGCGAUCCAGUCAUCACGAAGACUACUACCGGAGCCGCGACGACGACCGUGCGCAGCGGCAAGCCAGGGACGUGGAUCGCAAGUACGAUCCUGUUUACGGCAGCGGCGAUUACUUCCAUGACGACGGAGUGACCUCACGUGGUUUCGGCAUUCGUACAGACUCGGCCCCAGUCGGCGGUGACUUUGACGACCGGCGUGAGCCUCGCAGGGAAGUGCGGUCGGAGUCCCGGAAUGGAUACCGCUCCGAUUCUCGCACCGGAUACCAACCUGAGUCGCGCGGCGGUCACCGGCCGGAAUCCCGCAGUGGACACCGGACCUCCCCUUCGGACGCCAAGAAGGGUUCGGAUGACGAGUCCAAGCGCCGGGAGGAUAAGGAUCGCUCGAAGCGAGACUCUGUCCGCCUCGAUACCGACAAGGACCGACACACACGUCGCACCAGCACGGCUACGGAGGACGAAGCUGAGCGGAAGCGAUUGCGCGACAAACUCAGCGCGGGGCUUGGCCUCGCGGCCACUGCGAUCGGCCUCGGCUCGGUGUCAAAGGACAAGGACAAGGAUGAACCUCCCGAGAAGCUCGAGAGGGAGUCCCGCCGCCGCAACGACGAGGAAGAUGCCGGAGCUCGUGCUGCUGACAGAUACAAACCCCGGGACGAGUCUCGUGACCCACGCGACCGUGCCCCCGUCAUUGUCGAGACGCGCAGAGUGCCCGCAGAGCAAGAUGCAGAGGUUCAUGACCGCGAGAGAGAGCGCGACCGGGACCGGAACCGCCGGGACGCCGAGGCUAGGCUCGCCGGCGACAGCCUUCCGACAUCGCAACGCGAGGGCUCUCCGGACGACGACGAACAGAAGUCUAGGCGGCCCAAGCGGCAAACGAUUGGCUUCAACCCCACCGACGCGAAUGAUAUCCGGGAGUUGCAGGAGCAGUUGGCGGCCAUGAAGGACGACAAGCCCAAGGAGAAGGUGCCCAUUCCCGUGGAAAGGUCGGGCCGCGCCGAACGCUCGGAACGUCCUGAAAGAUAUGAGCGGUCUGAGCGGCUGGAAAGAUCCGAACGACUGGAUAGACCCGAACGGCUGGAUAGACCCGAAUGGUUGGAGAGAGAAGACCGGUCGGACAAACAAACCUACGCCGAUCUCCCAGUCCGAGAAACCAAGGAACGCACGCCUUCGCCCAAGAAGGAAUCGCCGCCUCCAAAGAGAGAAUCGCCCGUCUCGAUCCCUACGGGCGAUGCAGGCACCACGGCCUCGACCAGAGACGAGUACCGUGGCCGUGACAUAACGCCGCCUCGUUCGGACGAGAAGCAGGUCCGCGUCGUGUCGCCCCCUCGCGACAAGUCCGACGCCAAGCCUCUCAAGGGUAUUCUUAAGGCGCCCAGCAGGUUCCCCGAAGAAGACAACCCGAUCCGUGAGGGCGUUGCACCUCACAAGGAUGACAAGAAGCUGAAAGAGGUCCCCCCCGGUGCCCGGUGGACCAAGAUCAGCCGCAAGAUCGUCAACCCCGAGGCUUUGACCGUGGGAAAGGAGCGUUUCGAGGUCCGUGACGACUUUGUCAUCGUCCUCCGCGUCCUCAGCAAGGAGGAGAUCCAGGCCUACGCCGCCGCAACACAGGUCUUGAGAGAGCGGAGACGUGAAGAAGCCGGCAAGGACCGCGACCGGGAUCAUGACCGGGGCCGUGAUCGGGAUGGCGAGGACGACGACCGGCGGAAACACCGGCACCACAGGAGAGAAGACGGCGACGACGAUCGGCACGACGAAGAUCGCGAAAGGGAGCGCCACCGCAGGCACCGUCGAGAUGAAGAAACCUACGACGACGAACCAAGGCGACGGGAUGACCACCACCACCGUCACCACCGGGAGCGUGAGCGCGAACCUCUUGCCAUCGAGGGCUGA